UCUUUCUUUUUCUCUUUUCUUCAUCUUGUUCACCUCUUCUCUGUUGUUAUUAAACAACCCUCUUUCCCUUCCUUUUUACAUAUAAUCCCUUUCCAUUCCUUAUGAACUACAACUUGUCGCACGUUACGACCAAUCCCAUGGUGCUGUGUUCUGCCGUACUAGCUUCUAUUGGCUGGUUGGUUACUUUUAUUGCAGCAUGCGUGACACGUCUUCAUGGUGCAAGCUGGUGGAUCAUUGUCUACGAACUCGGUCUGAUCAUUGUUAUCUAUGUGGUCCUUACCAAGUCAUUAUUCGCCCAGUAUCAAUUGACGCUACUUGUACUGCUGGCAAUUAGUAUCGCCAUGCUCACGCAGCUUAUUGAAAUGUUCAUCAACCGCACGGAUCAAGCGUCUCAAGCAGGUGCUGCUGGAUCAUGUAUCCUAGUUAUCAUGCAGUACGUGUGGGUGUUUAUCUUUGGCAGCUCUGAAGAAUCGGCCAUCCAUCGCUCGAUCUACGGCUUGCACAACACUUCAGCUCCUAUGGUGACUCAGGCGCAAUUCUCGAGUGACUCACACCGCACUGGAUCAUUACGUAGUAUGGGUACAGCAUCUUCUUAUCGCCGUCAAAACAAUAAUCACAACGGGUAUCCAUUGGAAAAGCAACAACAGCCCUCAAAGCAAAGCGCAGUAUCAUCGACCAACCCGCCUGCUUUCACUUCCGAUGGACCGCUUGUUGUCAACAAUCAAAAUGCUGCUAGUGCUUCCAUCAUCACAACAGAAUCUGAUGCAAUGCCUGCUCCAGAACUGAAAAAGAACGAAGCAAAGGCACUACAUGCAUAUCGUGCUAACGCCGAAGAUCCCAACGAGCUUUCCUUUGAGAAAAACGAGAUUCUCGAGAUUAUAGACAAGCGUGGUAACUGGUGGCAGGCAAAAAAGAAAGACGGCUCCCUUGGUAUUGUGCCAAGCAAUUACUUUGCUGCAUAGGGAUUUGACAAGCAUAGCACAACAAGGAAGCCGAGAAAAAAGCAAAGAGGAAGCGCGCCUCCUUCUUGUGCUUUCUCCUUGUUUGAAAAUCUUACUCUCAAUCCCCCUUCACCACUUGAUCAAUAAUUGUAACCGAGUUCCUAUCUUACUUUCUUUCUAUUAUCUUUGACUCUCCUUAUCUUAUUAACAACGCGCAAGAGGGAGAGGAGGGAAGGAAGGAGGAAAUCAAAAAUGCUUCUUCUCCGCUCACCUUUUCCUCCUGUUCCUCGUCACCCGCUGCUCUACAUCAUUUGAUACCAUACCGCAUUUCAUAUAUCCGUCGUCGUCAUCAUCAUAAUAUCUCAUACUACUAUCACAAACACAUUCAAAACUAGUAUCAUUACGUAUCUUGGGCGUAGCACUGGUUUACUACGCCAAAGUGAGAAUGGAAAGCUAGCUUCCCACAAACUAAAACAG